GUUUCGAACCAAAGUUGGAAAAAAUAUCCAACAAUAAUUUAUGACCAUCCAAUCACCUGAUAUAGGUAUUCCUCCAUUUUCAUAAACCCCACACCUACUCCUCCAUCAUAUAAACCACCCAACCUAUCUCUUAUUUAUUAUUUCCUCUCUCUAAUCCUUUUUCUUUUUCUUUCUUUCUCUGAUCUCUGGGUUUCUCUUUGGGGUUGUUAUCCCUGGGUGUGUUUUUUUUGGACGAGAAGUUGAGCUUUGUGUGUACAGAAAUGGGCAGGAAAUGCUCACAUUGUGGGAACAUAGGCCAUAAUUUAAGGACCUGCACCAGUUUUAGAGGUAACACUAGUGUUGUGGGCGGACUUAGGCUCUUUGGUGUUCAACUCGACACAUCUUCAUCAUCCGUCGCCUUCAACAAUCAUAUGAACAAGUGUUUUAGCAUGGAUUGGUUAUCUUCUUCCUCCUCUCCUUCUUCUUCUUUGUCUUCUCCUAGAAUCUCCACGGACGACAAUUCUGAUAAAACUUCCAUCUGUUAUCUUUCUGAUGGUCUCAUGGGUCCAUCUCCUGAAAGAAAGAAAGGAGUUCCAUGGACAGAAGAGGAGCAUCGAGUAUUUCUAAUAGGGCUGGAGAAGCUAGGGAAAGGAGACUGGAGAGGCAUCUCUAGAAACUUCGUUACAACAAGAACUCCAACCCAAGUCGCAAGCCAUGCUCAAAAGUAUUUUCUCCGACAGGCAACUCUCGACAAGAAGAAGCGACGUUCGAGCCUGUUCGACAUGGUCCGAAGCAGUAGCAUGGUUGGACAUCAUGUUAACACCUCAAACUCCCACCAUCACCUUCAUCAUCGUCGUCAUCAUCAUGCCAUGCUCGAUAAGUUUCACUUGCAACACGUUGAUUCUCAGUUAAAAACAUCAAAUGUUGUAGCAGCACCGAUGUCUUCAAAUCUGGCGCCUGAUUUGGAGCUCACGCUUGCCGCCCCAAGGCCGGGUUUGGAAGAAAACAAUAAGUCAUCGCCGGCAACUCUAUUCAUCAGAUCUAUCAGCGUUACUUGAAAUCUUUUGUUAAGAACAAACCGAAUGAAUACCCACAUCGUUGAUGUUCAAAUUGAAGCCACAUAAUUCUCGUAAUCAAUCAGUAGUAUUGUUUGUUGUAUUUUUUUUAAGCUUAACAAAUAUUUUUCUUAACUGAUGAUGUUACAGGAGGGCAGAGCCGGCAAUAUAUUAUAUGUUGU